CUUGAUAAAGUUCAGCCCACUGUUGUUUUCACAUCAAAAUACUUAAAAAGGAUCAUUAGUAGAACAUUCUACCACACUCACAUGCUGUUUUCUAGUAUCAAUGUAAUCAAUUUAUCUUAUUUUGAGAUUAUUUUUUAAAGAUAUAGCUCAUUACUUCAUUUGUUUGCUUUACGGCACCCCUCAGUGUUUUUAGGGAAGGGGAAAAAAAUCUUUAAUUUAUUUUAAUUUAUUUAUUUUUUUACUUUAAUGUCCCUUUAGGGGCUCCGUACGAAGGCAAAGAUACUUUAUUUGUUUUUGUUUGUUUGUUCUUCUGGUAGUUUAAAGGUUAGACAUUUAAAAUGAGGCUCAUUUUACUCAUAAAUUCAAAUGAAAAGCUAAAAACACAAAUGAAAUGAAUUAAUGUUUAUUAUUUUAUUUGUUCAAAGUUCAUUAUUUUCAGCUCAGUGUUUGUCUAAACGGCAGCAGCUGAGGAUGCUGGGAAAUGUGGAGGAUGACGCUCCGUCAGAUGAAGAUGAUGAUGAGGAGGAGGAGCUCUGACGUUAUCUCUUCCUCCUGAACUCCGCAGUGUGCUGCUGUCUGACCCGAUCACCGGCUGGAAGCCGCGAGGAGCGGGACUUUUCCCUCCCUCUCCCCUCCACCUCCUCCUCUUCCUCCUCCUCUUCAUCGCUCCUCUCCGUCUUUGUUCCGCCGCGUCUUUCCUUCCGCCUCAGACGCGCAGACGCCCGGCCCUUCCCGAGCCGCCGCCCCGGUCUCCCCCCCGCCCUCCCCUCCUCUCCCAUCAGCCGGUGAGUCUCAGCAGCUGAUCCCCGCCGAGGCGGCCUGCAUCCGGGAGAGAUGCUGUAGAGCCGCCCGGCGCAGAGGAUGCUGGUCCCGGACUGAAGGCAGAGGAAAGCCGGCCAGGGAGAGAGAAGGAUGUCGGGCAGGACGCCGCUGACCCCGGUCAGCGAGUCUGAGCAGCCCAAAUCUUCCGAGGGUCUUCCAGAACCUCCAGCUCCGCCCGUCAAGUCUUCAAGCUGCCACAGCUUGGUGCCAUGCCGCAGCUCUGUGGCGGCCAUCACGGACGAGCAGCCGCACGUGGGAAACUACCGGCUGCUGAAGACCAUUGGCAAGGGGAACUUUGCCAAAGUCAAACUGGCCAAACACACCUUGACUGGCAGAGAGGUUGCGAUCAAAAUUAUUGACAAAACUCAGCUGAAUCCCACCAGCAUGCAGAAGCUCUUCCGUGAAGUCAGUGUGAUGAAGAUGCUGAAUCACCCAAACAUCGUGAAGCUGUUUGAGGUGAUUGAGACCGAGAAGACUCUGUACCUGGUGAUGGAGUACGCCAGCGGAGGUGAAGUUUUUGACUACCUGGUGGCUCACGGGCGAAUGAAGGAGAAGGAAGCUCGUGCUAAGUUCCGCCAGAUUGUGUCUGCAGUGGAAUACUGUCACCAGAAGAGGAUCGUUCACCGGGAUCUGAAGGCAGAGAACCUCCUGCUGGAUGCCGACAUGAACAUCAAAAUCGCGGACUUUGGCUUCAGUAACGAGUUCACGCUGGGCAGUAAGCUGGACACGUUCUGCGGCUCUCCUCCUUACGCUGCACCUGAGCUCUUCCAGGGUAAAAAAUAUGACGGGCCAGAGGUGGACAUCUGGAGUUUGGGAGUGAUUCUCUACACGCUGGUCAGUGGCUCGCUGCCCUUCGAUGGACAGAACCUCAAGGAACUGAGGGAGCGGGUUCUCCGAGGAAAGUACCGAAUCCCCUUCUACAUGUCGACCGACUGUGAAAAUCUGCUGAAGAAGCUGCUGGUUCUAAACCCGGGGAAACGGGGCAGCAUGCCGCAAAUCAUGAAGGAUCGGUGGAUGAAUGCGGGGCACGAGGAGGCGGAGAUGAAGCCGUUCUCUGAACCAGAACAAGACUUCAGUGACCUGAAGCGCAUCGAGCUGAUGGAGGCCAUGGGCUUCUCCUCGAAUGAGGUGAAGAAGGCGCUGGAUGGUCAGAAAUACAACGAGGCGACUGCAACGUAUCUGCUGCUGGGGAUGAAAUCUUCAGAGUUUGAAGUCUCCGCUGAGCCUCCCUGUAACAUCCAGAGGACCCGGCCCGUCAGCGACUUUAACGGCUCCAGCCGCUCGCCUGCACACCCCCGCAUUGUGGCGACCACUCAGAAACAGCGCCGUUUCAGCGACCACGUGGCGCCCUCCAUCCCCCCGCCCGUAUCGCACACCAAGCGCUCUCAUGCCAACAGUGUGGACAGCGAGAAGAAGGACGAACCGGCGUCACCAAUGGGAGCUCAGGACCGCAGGAAGUCAGCCACAGCCUCAGGGAGCAUAAUUCGGAGAAAUACAUACGUUUAUGAGAGGAACAGCACCGAUCGACACUCAGCUGUUAUACCAAGUGUGAAGGACAACAGUCUACCUGAAGUACCUGCUGCAUCCCCUGUUCCAUCGCCGGGGGCAACCGUCUCCUCCAUACGCCCUCGACACGUCAAGUCCAUGUCAGCAUCUGGACAUCCCAUAAAGUCCAGCCUGCCUCCUAUUGACGACAACGCCGAGUAUCAGAGCUCCCAACACCCGGCUCCAUCUUCACCCUCAGCCUUCAGCGUCACCAGUAGCAGCAGCACAACGCCGGACCGCGGACGCUUCUCCCGUGGCUCCUCCAGUCGCUCCACCUUCCACGGAGCCCAGCUCAGAGAGCGUCGGCCUGCCACCUACAACGGCCCGCCGGCCUCGCCCAGCAUGCUACAGCACACCACUGCUUCGAUGGCCAUGCCGCAUCGCGGUAACUCCUCCUCCAUCAUCGGCAAGUUCACCUCAAAGUUUGUACGAAGGAGUUUCUCGGGCGAGCCCAAAGAGGAGGGCCGGGAGUCCAAACCUCGCUCUCUGCGCUUCACCUGGAGCAUGAAGACCACGUCCUCCAAGGAGGCGGGGGACAUGAUGAAGGAGAUCCGAAGGGUUCUGGACGCCAACAACUGCGACUACGAGCAGCGCGAGCGCUAUUUGCUGUUCUGCGUGCACGGAGACGCUCGCCAGGACAGUCUGGUCCAAUGGGAAAUGGAGGUGUGCAAACUGCCCCGCCUUUCACUCAACGGCGUGCGUUUUAAGAGAAUUUCCGGAACGUCUAUAGCCUUCAAAAAUAUUGCCUCUAAAGUAGCCAACGAGCUCAGACUCUGACGCGACGGAGGAGGUUCUUGAUGUGGUUUGACGGAAGGAACUGUUGACUCAAAGAAACUGUAGCCUCUUAUUCUCAACAAUCUUUGUUUCUUUCAUGUUGAUGCAGCAGAAACCAAAUCAGAAUGUUGCACAGAUAUGCAGCUGAUACUUUAGAACUCCUCAGAACCAGAACAAACUCUGUAGUGACGACGUGGAAGCUGUGCCUCAGUGUUCCCGAGCAAAACCUCAUGGACGUUCUUCACCUUCACCUGCUCCUAAAAGAAUUAGAGUUUAAAGACCCACUCCGAUCCUCUUUUGAUCUGUUUUCAAGCAGAGGUCUUUUAAUUAGGAUGAGUCCGUUUUAAGCCAAAAAAGGAAAAAAAAUGCAUUUUCUAAGACAGUUUCUGCAGAAUAGCAUUGGUUUAUUAGAAAUUUGCCUCUGAGUAGUAGACCGUUAGUGCAGAGCAACCCCGCCCCCUCUUUUCUCCUCGUUACUGAGAUUGUUCACAUGGUCUCCUAUCUAGGUUAGAGCUUCUCAUCUAUCCGGGCGUAAAGUUUUGACCCAAACUCCAUUUCAAACGAGGAAAACAAAUGUGUAGAUGAGGAGGGAAUUUGUAGCUCGCCCAGAAUAUUCUCUACAUAACAAAUACAAUCUUUUUCAAACUGUAUUUUUUUCAUCUGCUCCUGAUUCACAAUAAUUCGAAUAAAUAUAAUCUCAGAAAUCUUACUUUACUUCAAAUAUGUCCUCCAUUCUCAUAAAUACGCCCAAACGACAUGUUAAAAACACCGUUUUCCUCGGAGUGGGUCUUUAAACCUUGAGGGGAAAUCUGGGUUCCAUCUCUGCUCAUCUGCAUGUCAUCGCGUUCUUCAGCCCAUCGCCUGAUUGCAUCCUGAGGUCUGGAUGGAAACAUGAGUCUGUGCAGCCGUCCAGCAUGUGAACUAAACUGAACCCAUCUGCUCACAGCUUUCUGACACUCCAAAGCUUCUUCCUUCAGCCAAAAACCAGUUGGAGAACCAUCCAAGUCAUCUGCUAAUCAGAGACUAAAGCUUUUAUUAGACAGAGUUAGUCAACCAAAGACCAGUUCAGCCAAAAUUGUUUCACUUUGAUUCUCUUAAAAUAGCAGCAGCUUCACAUUCAGGUUCAAAACCUGCAGAAAGAGUUACAAUAAAAUUAUUCUAAAUCCACACAAACAUUUGCUUGUGACAAUAAUCCAUAAAUGUCAAUGUUUAUGACAGUCAUUUACUCAAACUUUUACUUUCUUUGCUUAAAAACAACCAAAAGACAGUAAAAUUUAGCAUCACAAAUGCAAACAGACGUGAUUGAAUAAAUAUUCUGCGUUCAGAAAUGAAUCAAAAGGAUGUGUGUUAAAGACAGACUUAAUAUGGGAACGUGCACGAGGAUAUUUUUCAUCUCCGUCCAGCAAUGACUCACUCUUUUUUUUAUUGGUGGAUCAAUCGGUCUGUUUCAAGUUUUUUUUAAUGUUAUUUAUUUAUUAUUUGUUUUCUGUCAGAAAUUACUCAAAAUAUUAAUUGUUAACAAAAUGUAUGGAACAAAAUCAGAUCAGGAAAGUCAGUAAAUAUAUUACAAAAGAACAUGUUCAAAUCCUUGAAAAACAACCAUCACUUCACAGCAACCUUUACUUAUUCUGCAGAAACAGGAGGAUUCAAUCCUGCAUCAAGAAUAAGCUUCCCACACACGAUUAUGGCAUGUCCAGGCUUCCGUAGUUUGGUUUCAUGUGGGGAGAAAACAAAAACACUUCUAAAUAAGUGAUUUCUUUGAUUUUUGGAUUUGAUUAAAAAAAAGAUUAAAGCAGGAAACUGUUGCAGCUCCAAAACAUGAAAUAGAGUUUAAUAACAUUCUGAACAAAAACAAUUCAUGUUUGAAACUGAAAGAACAAUUUCGAAAUUUCCCCCAAAAAAUGUCUUAUAUGAGUUACUGCUUAAAUCCACACAUUUUUUAUUAUUAUUUACUGAUUUAAUUUCAAACAAAUGUUGAUUUGAUUCAGAAUCGAUCUAUAACUAAAUCCAGAGACUAUUAUUUGCAGAGCCUUCAUGAUAAAAACUGACGUUAGAUCUGGAUUAGAGGCUUCAAACGUUCAGCUGCAACUGAUUCUUGAUGGAAAGUUUUUUACAUUUAUUUAUGUUUUUAGGUUUUUUCUUCUUUUCAUUUGUGAAAUGUUCAUCUCAUUCUCACUUUUGCUCUAAAACUGAAUGCAUUUCUGAGAGAAUAUUUCCAAAACAUUUUUUAGUCAAAAAUCAGAUUUGUUGAAGUUUUUUAUUCUUUCUUCUUCUUUCAUCUGUUCAUACUACUUCUGAAGCUGCGUUCACAUCGCCCUCGGCAACAUGUAACUUCUAACAAAAAGUAUAAGUAAACUGUGUUCUCAUGUUUUUGCGAACGAACAUUUUUGAGAUCUACGUACAAACCUGGUGUCCACUGGAACAUGCUUUGAGAGUUUGAACUUUAACCAAUCAGGGACUUAGAUUUAGUAGUGAUGUUCCUUUUUAGGUCACAGAAGAUAAACUUCGUUCUUUUCCAAAAGAUAAAUUCAUAAUUACUCAUCUAAAAUGUAUUCAUUUAUAUAAGAAUUGUCAAAGAAAAAGCCUGGAACGAGAUUUGUGAGAUUUGCACCGCUUCGACAUCUCACACCAAAUCUCCUCCAACUGUAGGUGGCAGAUGUGCUCAAAUAAACAGUAGAAGAAGAAACAGAAGAAGCCCCUCCUGGCUUGUCCAUUGUGAACAUUGUGGGCUAUGCUCAAGAAGGUGCUAAACGCAAGAGAAUCUGGCCACAGAGAAAAAAUAUGGCGCUCGAACAUGAAUAGCAGGAAGUCCCUCUUCCUGCCGGAGCCGGCCGCCAUAAGACAUCAUUUACGCCCAAACUCCGGUUUAAGCUUUUUUCCCCUUUGACAUACUGUAACUGCUUAUGUGAUUCACAGAGAAAAAGCAGCUUUUCACCCGAGGUGAACGGUGUAGUUAUGAAAAAUUUGAACACUUGUUAAUUUUGACUUUACAGAAAUAAAACGAUUAGAAUUCUCUGUUCCAUUUGAAGCUCAUCUUUCAGGCUAAACUGUUAAACAGUUACAGUUUAUUCACAUUUAAAAGCUUAAAAGCUGAUAGUUCUGAAAAGGUUAAAAAUGUCAUUUUUUUAAAGGGUUUCUUAAAAUGUCCUCUUACGCAACCGGCUAAAGUUCCAAAAAUCACCCCUCCGGCUAGAGAUUGUUUCUGUCUCCAUGUUGCGUGUGACCAGACGCCGCUCGCUAAACGAGCCAUCGUGAACACAAGUAUAAACUAAAGCCGGCAUUGUCCCCGGUGUGAACGUAGCUUCAGAGAAACUCAUGUUUGCUCGUUCAAACUCAGAUAAAAGCGUCAGCCGAGCUUUUAAAACAGAAGUCCCUUCAGUCAGAUCAUCAUAAAGCACUGAGACACUUACGUUGCGUCUUCAUUGCUUUUGUUGGCAUCGAUGUGUCCCAUGAGCAGAUCUGAACCCACAACUCUCAGGUCUUCUAAUAAGACAGUAGAUGAUGUUGUGACGGGACAGAGGACGUGGAUUGUGUUUGAUUGUGUUGUAGCUCUCUAACGAACACGAUGACACUGAUGCACUUGUUGAGUUCAUUUAAAACGCUAAAGGUGCUAAAUUUGUUUUUCCAGCUUUUUUCCUGCACUGCUGUGACCCCUCCACACGUCUCACGUUCAUUUGCACUAUAACUUCUGAAGUUGUCCGUUUUCUGUUUGUCGUUGACGUUCGUCUGGCUGAUGUGCUCACGGAUUGUGCAACAGCCAGCUGUUGCCUCUGUAGCGGUUCGUUGUGCGGUGCCUCUCCAGAAGAUGCUCGUGGUGUUGUGCUUCUUCACCUAGAAUGUGGACGGGAACAAAGACGUGUUUGUCCGGAUAUGUAAUCAUCACUAUGUUUGGCACUGUCCAACUGUAACUCUGAGCCUCUAACUUUAACGUAGCGUUCACCUCAGUUGUAGAUGAACCUGCAGGUGACUGACGGACCGUCAGCAGCAGGACUGUAGCAGAAGUGAAGCUGUUAUGGAUUCAUUUGGAAUAAAAAGGAGCAGUGGGAAACAUUCGAAA